AUCCCGGGGAAGAAGUUUAGGAGCGGGAGAUAGGGAAGGAGGGCGGGUCGGGGAGGAGGGAUGCGGUUCGGCGGAGGCGGCCGCCACAGGGACUCGCCGCCAUCACCUCCGCCGUCGCGGCCGCCUCAGCCUCUGGCUCCUGGGGCCGCCGCAGCUGCCACCUCAGCCGGAGAGGAGCCGCGGCCGGGACCGCCCGCCGCAGUUCCGCACGUACGGUAAAGUACUCAACUCUGGGAUAUUGCAUAAAUCUUGGAAGACUGCAAUAAAGUGGCAAUGUCUCGGGAACCCACCCCGCCUCUCUCUGGAGAUAUGUCUACUGGGCCUAUAGCAGAGAGCUGGUGUUAUACACAGGUUAAAGUAGUAAAAUUUUCCUACAUGUGGACCAUUAAUAACUUCAGUUUUUGUCGAGAAGAAAUGGGUGAAGUGUUAAAAAGUUCAACAUUCUCAUCUAGCCCAAGUGACAAAAUGAAAUGGUGCCUGAGGGUAAAUCCAAAGGGAUUAGAUGAUGAAAGUAAAGACUACUUGUCCUUAUAUUUGCUUUUAGUCAGCUGCCCAAAAAGUGAAGUUCGAGCAAAAUUCAAAUUUUCCCUUCUGAAUGCUAAAAGGGAAGAAACAAAAGCAAUGGAAAGCCAAAGAGCAUAUCGAUUUGUACAAGGGAAGGACUGGGGUUUUAAAAAAUUCAUUCGAAGGGACUUUUUGCUUGAUGAAACUAAUGGUCUUUUACCAGAUGACAAGCUUACGUUAUUUUGUGAGGUGAGUGUGGUCCAAGAUUCAGUAAAUAUAUCAGGGCAUACUAAUACAAAUACUUUGAAGGUGCCUGAAUGUCGACUAGCAGAAGAUUUAGGUAAUCUCUGGGAAAACACAAGAUUUACAGAUUGCAGUUUUUUUGUGAGAGGACAAGAAUUUAAAGCUCAUAAAUCUGUACUUGCAGCUCGAUCCCCAGUUUUUAAUGCAAUGUUUGAACAUGAAAUGGAAGAAAGCAAAAAGAAUCGAGUGGAAAUAAAUGAUGUAGACCCUGACGUUUUUAAAGAAAUGAUGAGAUUCGUUUAUACAGGGAAAGCACCAAACCUUGACAAAAUGGCUGACAACUUGUUGGCAGCUGCAGACAAAUAUGCACUGGAACGGCUGAAGGUCAUGUGUGAAGAAGCUUUGUGUAGUAACCUCUCAGUAGAAAAUGUUGCUGAUACCCUUGUUCUUGCAGAUUUGCACAGUGCAGAACAGUUGAAAGCACAAGCCAUAGACUUUAUUAAUAGGUGCAGUGUACUUCGACAGCUUGGAUGUAAAGAUGGGAAAAACUGGAACAGCAACCAAGCGACAGACAUAAUGGAAACAUCAGGGUGGAAGUCCAUGAUUCAGUCGCACCCUCAUUUAGUAGCAGAGGCCUUCCGAGCGCUAGCAUCUGCACAGUGUCCACAGUUUGGCAUUCCACGCAAACGGCUAAAACAGUCCUGAAACCUUUCAUGAACUGUAGAAAAAUGGAACUGACUUUUAUUCCUCCAGGUCCAGAAGGAUUCUAGUAGACAAACCAUAAGCCAGAGUUGUUUCUGUUAUCUUGUCCACAGAACAGAAGCUGAAAAAAGCAUAUUGCUUACGUUUCAGGUGGAUAAUUUAUGGUUUAUUCUUCAGCUUUAAAUUAGACUGACUAUACUCUAAUUCACUUCAAGGCCUUAAAUUAUCUCCAGUGACUUCUCUUGUUCAUAUAAUACUUUAAUUUUUUUAUUGUGCCUUGUCUUUUUGACCAAGGCUAUGCAGGAUUGCACUAGCUCCAUAAUGCAGUAAUAUUGAUAAGUGAAGAUAAUUAAGUUUCAAAAGGAUCUUCCAUUAGCUUGAGAAGAGCAAAAUUAAUUUUAUAGGGUUUGUGCUGUGCUAUCUCAAAGUUUAAAACUAGGUUGUCCUUAAAAGCACUUGCAUUGGAGAUAACUGGUAAUGUCUCCGCUCUAAGUUCUAUAAAUACAGGAGAACCUGCUUACCU